GUCCGCGCCGCCGCGCACGCAAACCCUCGCUGCCCGUUCCUGCUCCACCUAUAUUCAGCCUGAUCACGACCAAGCUGGAUAGCCGGCGCACGAGUCUCUAGUCUUCCGUCGUCCGUCCCGAUCUGCAGACUGGCCGCGGAUGGCGACGCGCGGCUGCAGGAAGAAGACGAGGGGCAUGAAGAGGAGCCCCGUGUCCGACCUCUCGGACGAUCUCCUCGUCGAGAUCAUCUCGCGCGUGCCCUACCAGUCCACCUGCUGCUGCAAGUGCGUCUCCAGGCGGUGGCGCGACCUACUCUCCCAUCCCGACCACCGCAAGAAGCUGCCCCGGUCGACCCUCGCCGGCAUCUUCUACCAAACCUUCGGAGGCAGUGGGCGCCUUCCCCCAGCUAGGUUUUGUGGCUACCGGAGCGUAUCAGGGAACUUCUACUCUAGCAUGGACCCCUCCCUCUCGUUCCUGCCCAAACGCAGGAGAGUUCAGUUUUACCUCUUGGACUGCUGCAAUGGCCUCCUCCUCUCCCGCAACUGGGAUCAGCCUUAUGGUGUCAAGAACUUUGAAUAUGUGGUGUGUAAUCCCGCCACUGAAAAGUGGGUCGUUGUGCCUGCCAGCGGAUGGUCCUGCAAGGUGCGGAUCACUCGCCUAGGGUUCGAUCCGACUGUCUCCUCUCACUUCCAUGUGUUCGAAUUUGCAGCAUCUGCUAUCCCUAAUGCUUAUAGGCAGAAUGAUGUACACGCAUCAAAGCAGUGGGAAUCUACUCAUCCAAAGCUAGAGUUUGGACACAUCAAGUUGUUUGGGACAGCCCAAUUUCGAUAACCGACUAUUCGAAAAGCGUAUUUUUCAACAGGAUGGUGCAUUUAUCUUCUCGAUCAUGUCAUAAUUCGGUUGUAGCAGUUGGUGUGGAUGGAACUCGUGGGUUUAUUCGUGUGCCUACUCCAUGCGGUGGUAAUGAUCUUUAUUUAUCUCAAGGACAAUUGUGUUUGGCACAUAAGGAUGCUUCUGAACUGUCAGUUUGGGCUCUUGAAGAUUAUAGUAGUGAAAACUGGACCUUGAAGUACAAGGUUAGCCACUUACAACUGCUCGGAUUAAUGUGUUCAAUGUUUCUGGGCUAUGUUUUUCCAAAAUUUCGAGAAGGGGAUUACCCCGGGCUCUGCAUCCCAGGAUGCACACAGCCAAUGUUUCUGGGUUAUUACAGGGUUAUCUCGAUCCACCCAGAACAUAGUUUGAUAUUUUUUGUGUGUCAGAAAUUGCACAAGCAGGGCGAACGAUCACUGACGAAACUAAUGUCGUAUGACAUGGAUUCCAGGGAGCUGCAUUUUAUAUGUGAACUUGGACGGGGCUGCAGGACUCCUUAUCUUUCAUAUGUUCCUUUGUUCUCAGAGUCAUUGGCAGAUGGGCACUAGAAGUCUCAAUUACAUAGUGCAGCUUCACAAUUGUGUAUCUCUUUCGA